AUGACCAAAGGCUUGGCCAGAGAUGCUCCCUUGUCUGGUGCUUCACACGUUUUGCUGAUUGAAUUUGAGAGUGCUGCAAAAGAGCUCAAGAAUGAAAACUUUGAAGCUAAACUUGGCAAGGUUGAUGCAUCAGAAGAAAAGGAUCUUGUAAAGGAAUUCAAUAUUCAUCAGUAUCCUACUUUGAAAUUUUUCAUGAAAGGAGACAGGAAGAAUCCUCUGAACUGCACAGGAGUAAGAACAUAUUCUUCCAUUAUCACCUGGUUAAAGAGAAGGAUUGGUGCUAGUGCCUUACGACUGACAAGUAUAACUCAGAUUAAAACUUUUAUUGAGUCUGAAGAUGUGGUGGUUGUAGGUUUCUUUAAGGAUCUAAAAGGUAAUGACACUCAAACUUUUUAUGAGACUGCACAAGAUAUUCCUGAUCUCCCAUUUGGCAUCACAAACAACGCAAAACAUUUUGUUAAGUAUGGCGUCACCAGGGAUACCGUCAUUCUGUUCAGAAAGUUUGAAGAAAAACGUGUUGACUAUGAAAUCACUGAUGAAAAUAGGUUGGAGAAAAACAUUCUUACAAAAUUCAUCAAAGUCAAUGAACUGCAUUUAGUCACAGAAUAUAAUCAAGUGUCUUCCAUGAAAACCUUUGAUGUUGACAUCGACAGUCACCUUCUGCUCUUUGCAGACAAGACCUCAAAGGAGUUUAAUGAGAUGCACGAAAGCUUUAAAGCUGCAGCUGUUCACUUCAAGGGCCAGAUAAUCUUUAUUUUCGUUGACACUAAUGAAAGUAGGAAUGGCCGCAUCAGAGAGUUUUUCCAGAUUCGGGACUUGGACAUACCUGCUGUUCGAAUGAUUAAUGUAACAGAAACUGUGAGAUACAGAAUGCAAGCCGAUAAAGUCACCACCGAAGCUGUGGAAACAUUCUGCCAGGCUUAUCUUGAUGGGAAAGAAAAGCCUCAACAGCCCAGUGAAGAACUUCCAGAAGAUUGGAACAAGAAUCCUGUUAAAGUUCUAGUGGGAACAAAUUUUGAAGAAGUUGUGUUUAAUAACACAAAGGAUGUGUUUGUGUUGUUUUGUGCUCCAUGGUCUCAGAGAUGCAAGGAUAUUUAUUCUAUAUGGGAUCAGCUGGGGAAGAAAUACAAGAAUUCUGAGACUUUUGUUAUUGCUAAGAUAGACAUUACAGCGAAUGAAGUUGAUUCUGUUGUCAUAGUUGAGGAGUAUCCGAGUUUCAAGUAUUUUCCUGCUGAUUCAAAGCGAAAGAUUGUCCACUACACUGGAGCUCACACUCUGGAAGCUUUACUUCAAUUUCUGGACAAGCAAGAAGAAUUAAAGCUCCAGGAGACCGGGAGCAGUACAGAGGCCACCGGCCCCCAGUUCAGGGAGAACGGGAGCAGCACACUGUCCAACACACCCCAGCUUCGGGAGAACGGGAGCAGCACAGUGUCCAACACACCUCAGCUUCGGGAGAACAGGAGCAGCACAGAGUCCAACACACCCCAGCUUUGGGAGAACGGGAGCAGCACAGUGUCCAACACACCCCAGCUUCAGGAGAACGGGAGCAGCACAGAGUCCAACACACCCAGCUUCGGGAGAACGGGAGCAGCACAGAGUCCAACACACCCCAGCUCCAAGAAGUGGAGGUUGCAGAACAAUCAGAGACAGAUAUCGAAGUAG